GGUGAGGCAUCGUCACCCGGAGGUGGAUGACCCCAUGAGCGCGGAGGUCGACGAGGAGUCGUUGGUCCUGUCGUCCGGAGGGUUGCCGCAUGGCCGUCUCGCCAUGCUGAACAAGGCCGUCAAGCAUACCCUCACCACGACCUUCACGCGUCUCAAGGCGGGACUCACCAAGGACAGCCCCCCUCUCCCGCCUCGUCGCCGGGCUCGGCAACAACCCGCAUACGACCCUGACUUCGAGGCGGCCUACGUGGUCGCUCAUCAAGAAUAUCAGGUGGCCUUCAACCAGCACCAGCAGCAGUUCAUGGAGUACAUGGCAUAUAUACAUGCGUCGAUGGUGGCCAAUCAAACUGGACAGACAGCGGAUUUAGGGCCGAUGCCUCCCUUUCCGGGGCCGGCGCCAAACAUGCCAUCGAAGGAAAAUUUCGCUGCGGAGUACUAUGGGAGAACAACGGGAACGGGAUGUUCCGGAAAUCAGGGUGGUGGGAGGGAGAUCACACCGGUUCAUCAUGGUGGUCCUUCUCCCGGUGCUACACCCGGUACUUCUCCCGGUACUUCUCCCGGUCCUUCUCCCGGUGGUUCUUCCGCAGCUUCUACCGGAAGGAAUCGGCCCGGGCCGGUGUCUAGCGGCGACGAGCUCCUCUAGUUGUCCCAUGCAUGUAUCUUAUCGACACGAUACUAUGUAUCCGGAGCUAUGUUAUGAGACCAUGAUUUGUAGCUAUUUGAACAUCAUGUGAU